UUUUGUGUGAAAAUUUUUGUUGCGCGUCGCUUAUUUUUCGUGCCUAACAACAGCCCGACGCUGUGAUCGAGCACAUCUUCUGUUCCUAGAACAUAAUUGAUUUUGAUCUAUGAUUUGGCAAGCACCAACAAACAUGAUGUCCUUGUCCUCGCAGGUGUUCACCAGUUUCUUGCAGGAUCACUUCCACCAACCGCACAUUGGGCGUCGACCACCUGCUCACCCGGCCAAAUCGCCGUCUUCUCCCGAAUUUGUUUUUCCCUCAUUUUCAUCACCCCCGCGGCCUCCACGUUCUUGUACUAGAACUUCUUUCCUCAGCAGCCUGACGGGAGCUUCGACGCCGCCAGUGUUUCACUCCAUCAAUGUGCUCCACCCGCCGGACCCGAACCACCCGGACAAGGUCGGCGAUCUGAUCUCCGACCUGGGGUUCGACAGCCCCGCCAGCCCGAUCCUGUUCGGCCAUGUAUGCAUUGCAAAAAUGUCUGGGUCUGGAAGAUUGGUGAGGUUUGUGAUGCUGUGUCUGCUUGACACGAAAGGUGUGCCAUGCAAGGCCUAGCAUCACAGGUUUGGAGACGGUUUCCCAAUGCUUAAUCCGCAUGACAAACGCCUUCUUUCGGCGACAGGAAAUGGAGUGCUCCCUUUGCUGUCUAAGCAUGACAGAUCUUUGUGUGAUCCAAGUACGCAUCACAAGUUCGCAUCCUUCCAGACACAUACAUUUUUGCAUUUGAUGCCACAGCUCGUUGAACAACGCGCCGAACUACAUCGCCACCACGGACAUGUUCAAUCUGGACAACACCUGCUUCGUCGGCAGCAGGCGGUGUCCCGCCGCCGCCCAGGACGCGGUGCGGAAGCUGCUCGGCGGGGAGGAGGCGGUCCUUUCCGACCCGGCGAAACAGGACGUGGUCGCGAAAGUCCGCAACCACCCCUUUUUCGACGAUUCGGAUCUGCAGCACACCGACCCGGAGUACCAGCAGACCGCGGUCAAGUUCCACCCGAAGUUCACGUUUCGCUACCCGCUGUUCGGCCCCGUGCGGGUGCAGCUCCGCGAAAUCGGGUACCUGAAGAACGCCGACGCCUCGGAGGACAACACGCAGGACCCGUCGAGCGCGAUCGACGACAGUCCGACGGGCGCGACGGUGAAGGAGGUGCAGGACAAGGUGAAAAGCGGCAAGUUUGUGAAGUACGUGAAAACCGGGUCCGAGCACGCAAAUUCGACGGACGCGAAGGGCCUGGCGCCGGUGGUGCACUUCGACCAGCGGUUUUUCGUGGGGCGCCUGGAUCGGCUGCAGUUCGAGAAGGCGAUCUACCUGCGAGAAAUCCUUCCGUUUCGCAACGAAAAGAUGGGCCUGAGCGCGCAGCACUUGGCGGAGAACGGGGACAAGGCGCUGGAGAGCUCCAGUGUGGGGUUCUCGAACGCGGGAUUCUCCGCGAAGGCGGGGGAAGCGGGUGUGGCAGGAGUGGGGGUGCCACAAGGGCAUCAAACGAGCGGCAGCACCAGUGCCAGUAUCGGCACCAACCGCCACUUCCAGCUGUUUUUGCAAAAAGACGAGAUGGCGAUGCGGCGAAAAUUGGAAAACCCGCGGGAAAGCGACCAGCUGACGGACGACGAUUUGGACGUGCUGAAUGCGAUCGUGGAGGACUACGGCCAGGCGCAGACCGCGUUUCUGCAGCCCUCGCAGCACUUCCCGCUGCGCAGCGUGUUGUACAAUCUGCACACCGCGAAACCCGUCGACGAGAACGUGUCCGCCGAGGAAAUAGCCGCGGCGGACGCGCUGGCAAAGGCGGGCUCCGGGGGGUUCGGAAUAGUACAACAGCUUCCCUCCGUGUCCGAUGUGACAAAUUCGCUCAGUUCGCUCGCGUCGCGCAUCCCGGGGCUCGGGACAGGUGGCAGUAGUGGUCCUAAGGCGUCGCAACUGAUGGCAAGUUUGGUCAAGAAGUACCUCCCGGAAAACGCGGGAAAUGUGGACGGCGACCCUUCGUCCAUUACCGAAGUACGGGUGCCAAAAGUGCCGGCGGAAAAGUCAGGCGCGGAAGCCGAGGAGCUGGCGAAAGCAGAGGAAGAGCAGACGAACGGAACAAGUGCCACAGCAGUUUCGGAGGCACCAGAUUCCGCACAGGCCACGACCCGCACGGCGACGCUGUAUUUCUCCCCGACCGACAAGCUUCCCACCGACGCGAAGCCCCUGAUGCGGAACCAGUCGGACUUUUUCUCCCCGAUCUGCGGGAACACGGGGAAGGACAAGUCCCGGGUGAUGGAACUGCGCGUCGACUCGGAGGACGACAAAAAUCUGAUGCUCUCCGGCAACAGCAGCGGGCGGAUCCACCAGUCCGUGAUGAUGGUGGUCCGCAACACCGAGAACACGGCGCUCUGCCUGUGCAACGGCCUGCACAAGGGCUGCAGUGCCCCGGGGUGGCGACCGCUGGAGCAGCCAUACUACCUGGAGGAGGUCGCGUAUCGCGAGAAAAAAACUGUGUUAGUGUAAGUCUUUUGGGAAAACAGCAUCACAAGUUUGUCUGCCAUGACAGGAAAAACUUGUUAUGCGCAGAUAGGAAGGGAAGACACAUAGGAAGCGAGCCGAUCAUGCAUAUCGAGCAUGACAAGUGUAACUGUUUUGCAUUUUCUGCAUCACAGAUUUACACUUACACAGUUUUUUUCUUUCAUAUCGCGUCCGGGAUGGAGAAGGACACUCUGCUGAAGAUCGACAACAAAAUAUCCUAUUUAAAAACGUCCCCACCCCAUAGCUGUAAUGCAAAUCUGCAUGCUGAUCAUGUUUCUCAUGCGGAGCCCCAUGAGAAGCAGUUCCAGCCGUGUUUUGCAAUUUGUCAUGCUCCAAUCAGCAUGGUAGGCUAGAUCUGUGAUGCUGCUGAGCUAGCUCAAACAGCACUACACUACGAAUCCAAAUUUGUCAUGCAAAACAGCCAAAACUUGUGGAUUUGUCUAGCCGAUUCCCCAUCUUGACUAUGGUGUGGGGACGUUUUUGCUCAGGAUACAAAAUUCCGAGCAGCAUGAUGAACGUCAAACUAAGCAGCUUUUUAGAUACCCGCGCGACGCCGGUAAGCGAGGCGGGGGAAGACAACGCCAGGUUGUAUCAGCGUGAUGUUUCUGCAACCACUGCCGUCCGGAGAGCGGGGCCUGGAGCAGGUGUUGCAAAUUUUCUUUCCAGAGGAAAUAUUGAAAUAACCAGAAGCAGAAGGACGAAGCCAGGGCUGCUGGGAAUGCGCGCUGGCUUUCCAAUGGUUUUAUCUGCAAAUAAAUCUUCUGCGACGAGCUUUCAACAUCUCGAAGGUGAGCCUCUGAAGAUCAGGCUCGUGCAAAAGGCGAAACAGCCAGGCUGCGACGCGGACAUGCAACUUCCGAGAAGAUCGCGUGGCGUUGUGAUCAUGAAAGCAGCUCGGUUGAAUAAACGAAACGGUAGAACAAUGCAAGGACUCGCUGUUUCAUCCUCCUUCGCAGAGCACAUGGUGGAGCAGAACGCGCCAGAUUACCCACCGUCGCUCGACGGCCCCGGGGAGCCACACGAGAAAUUCGUCCGCGUGGGUGCCGAGGGGCCGCUGGACGAAAAGGCGGUGAUUCGGGAGGCAACGCAGGUGCGGAUCGAGCCGGUGGUUGUGGGGCAGAUCAACGGUCUCGACAAAAUGAACAACAAGCCGGCACAGUACUUCGCGGACCAAGAGAAGCGGGGCGGGCCGAUGGACGAACACGGACAGGUGUUCAACAAGAAGAUGCAGGAGGACAAAAAGAGUUACGAAGCAAGCGAGGUGGCGGAGAUCGCGAAAUUGAAAAAAUACGAGGAUUAUUUGAGAAAAAAGAUCGUUUUGCAAAUGGAAAACACCGAGCCAAUAGUAACGAAGGCAAUAAGUUAAGAAGAAGGCGCAAAGCAAGGGUCAGUAAAGUAAGUACUUACUUAGACCCCACAGUUGGGUACAUCAUCAUUCUACUGCUGAUAGUUGACAAACUCUUCUUCUGAUAAUACUGACAGAUCAUUUAUUUCGCACCGAGCUACAACUGCUGCGGCUGCGAGUACAAACUACAAGAAACAAGAGGCAAUAUUCAGUUUCUUGUAGAAUCUGUGAGGAUCAUGCAAGCCUUCUUUUUAGCUUUGCCUGAUUGUAGCUUUUGCUUUUGAGUAGAUUUUGGUACUGACGGAGUUCUUGCGUUUCAUGUUUCAUUUUUGCUUAUGGACAAUUCGUGAAGAUGUAGGAAAUUAAUGAAAUGGAUCGGUUGUGUUAUGACGUACGUCGAUCUGCAAGUCUUGGGAUUUCAU